AUGACCCAUAAACAAAAAUUAAUUAGAGCAUUGCCGAUUCACAGAAUUCUUAUAGAAACGGACUCACCAGCCUUAGCCGCCGUGAGGCAAGAGCGGAACGAUCCAUCAGAAACUCUCAAGGUAUGUCAAUACAUUGCCAAGGAGAAAGGCCUAGACGCCGAGACGGUGAUAAGAAUAACGCACGACAACACUAAAAAUCUCUACAAAAACCUUAAUUGUUGUGCCUAA